AUGCAGAGCGUCAUGUACGAGCUCAUGUCAGAGCUCAACGACCGCAGUGAGGACUUGGAGCGGCAGAUGCUGUCCCUGGAGCAGCGGGUGGAGCAGCUGACCGCGGGCUUCAACGCCCUGCCCGCGCACCUCUCCGCCACCCUCAGCGCCCAGCACGCCGCCCUGGUUCACCUGCUCCGGGAGCGGGACGCCCGGGACGGCAGGGGAGGAGGAGGAGGAGGGAACGUAGGAGGAGCCGUGGUCCCGCUGUCCUCGGCUCUGUCUCUAACCACCGCACCCCCGUCCGUCUCCUCGGUCCAGGUGGCGGCGCCUCCUCCACCUCUGGCGCAGAUCUCAGCUCUGUCCUUGGAGGCGCCGCUGUCGCCUCCAGCCCUGAGCCCUGAGGGGAGCCUGGAGGCCUGUCCCAACCCCAACAAGUCCACCUCCAGCUGCUGAGGAGCACACAAACCAGGGAGACGCCUGGGAGGCGGAGCUAGUCUCCUCACGUUCAACUGAAGCAGAGAAAUGAAGGAGGAGGAGGGGAAGGAACUGGUGGAGAUCCUCUGGAGCUGCUGCCCGUGGUUGGGACUGUGAGGAGGAGGAGCGGGACUAAGAUGGAGGGCCGGUGUGAGCGAUGAGGCACAUUCAGGACUUUCAGGGUGCUUUUCUCGACGCAGGAAGGAGAAGAAAAAUGGAGACUCUAAAAGAUCUCUCGCUCCCUUCAUCAGGAAUUAAUGACUUUUUAUCCUUAUGAUGUAUUUUCUAUCUGAAUGCUUAUUGUGUGUUAACGAGCAUCCCUUUAAACAGAAGGUUCGAUCAAUACGACCAUAACAUGGAGGAAAACACACACACACACACACAAUACAAGCUAACACAGCACAAAAUGACACUUUCUCUCAUCGCAGACCCCAAAAUACAACCUUGAUCUCUGAACAUCGUGUAAAUAAAAACUGAAUGCAACGAUU